AUGGAGGGCUCUACAGUCUACAGUCAAAAUGUAUCUGUGAUCCUUUGCUUUGACGGAUUUCUGCUAUUGGCUUUGUGCUGUCUACUAGGAGCAGCUGUUGCCUUGUGUUCGAUAUUACUGGAAGAUAUUUGGCGGCGACGUGGGACGAUUGAUCCUUUGCGGUAUAUUGCCCUGUCCUUAGAUAUCCUUUCGCUGCCGUGUACCUACUGCCCGGAAGAUCCAUGGUUCAAACCCAACCCCGGCAUCUGGACUGCUCCUGUCUGGGCUUGGGCAACCCCACAGUAUCUCAGCCGUCGUGCUCCCUUCUGGUGGCGUGGCAGCCAGACACCGAAAUUGGCCACACUCAUUCUGACGGAACGUCAACGCCGUUGCCACCAACCACGUUCGGAAACACUGUUUUCCUAUUGGCUUCUGUUGUUUUUGUCUGUUAUUCCACGGAUUGUGGGCUUGAUUUUUUCAGCCGCCAACAGCGUUCCAACGGACCUUUUGGAGACAUCGUUUCUUCCCACGUCGAAGCGGGGCUUAGAAAGAAUCCAACUUUACGCGUUGCUUGUCUACAUGUGUUCGGCCUUCGCCCACCUGCUUACGCAGUGCUUCAGCCCACACAAUCCGAGCAACUCACUUCUUUCGGAUAAGUCGAAGCGGGGCUUAGAAAGAAUCCAACUUUACGCGUUGCUUGUCUACAUGUGUUCGGCCUUCGCCCACCUGCUUACGCAGUGCUUCAGCCCACACAAUCCGAGCAACUCACUUCUUUCGGAUAAGUGUCAUUGGUGUCGCGCAGCUCAAACCCUAUAUCCCGGCAUCGAAAUAGCUCUAAUCACCAUCAUCGACAGCAUAUCAUCAUUGUUCAACACCGAUGCUUUACUGCCGUACAACCAUGAUUUAUUUGAAAGCUUUAUUGUAAAGAAAAGAGUAAAGGUGUACGGGGGAGGGACGUGUCUCAAAUUAGCAAAUGCGGCCCGAGCCUUGGAGAUUCGUGCAUUCGCCUCAUCUGUCACACUACAACCAGAACUAAUACAACAUCCAAGAUACGUAAAACGCUCCAGUACCUCUCCCUGGAUUGUAAGUGGCGUUUUCAGUGACUGCAUGUCCACGAGCAUGACCUCACACUUUGUGGGUGCAAAGUGCCUAUCAAAGGACGGGGAUGACUUUGGUCAAUUCAUCCAAAAACACCUGCGCCUUCUUCUCCUCUUCAAAGAUGAGAACGAUGUCGUCCGCACAUUCCAGAUCGACAAGGUUUUCUUCACAGGCUAUUUGAACACCAGGGUUUUGGAGACUUUCCAUCUCUAA